GAGUAUCAAAGACUUCCGAAAAGAAUUCGGCAAGUUAUUCAAGAGGCUCUGGCUUUUAACCCCGAUCCACAAUUAGGAAUCUUUAAAACCGCUCGGGCUGCUUAUCAAGAACAAAUCAAUCAAUUAUCCUCCCCCGCUAAAAAUGAACCUGAAUCGAUUAAAACUCAUCGCUUAAAGCAGUUAGCCAAAAUCCAAGAGGAUCUUAAAUAUUUAGACAUUUUUCUGCAAGGAGAUUAA